GGUGACGUUUUUCCAAUCGACUCCAGAAACUCUCCGCCGCCGCGGCCUAGCGCUCCCGCUCCCUUUUCCCGUUAUUUUCUUCACUCAUGUCCGUCUGUCCGAACCCAAACCGAGCGAAACCCGCUGCCUUAUGACGCGCUGACAACGGGACUGUCGAUUUAAACGGUGUUUUUUGCCCGGAAAGCGAGUGAAAUAACAGUAAACAGACUGAGGGAGCGAUGACAUCCCGAAGAUGGUUUCACCCCAACAUCACAGGAGUGGAGGCGGAGAACCUUCUUCUCACUCGUGGUGUGGACGGCAGUUUCUUGGCCCGUCCCAGCAAAAGCAACCCUGGAGACUUUACGUUGUCUGUCAGGCGAAAUGGCGCCGUCACCCACAUUAAGAUCCAAAACACGGGAGACUAUUAUGACCUGUAUGGUGGAGAGAAGUUUGCCACCCUGGCUGAGCUGGUGCAGUAUUACAUGGAACAUCACGGACAGCUGAAAGAAAAAAACGGAGACGUCAUUGAGCUCAAAUACCCGCUCAACUGUGCCGAUCCCACUUCUGAGAGGUGGUUUCAUGGUCACCUAUCUGGUCGUGAGGCCGAGAAGCUGUUGACAGAGAAGGGCAAGAAUGGAAGUUUCCUGGUGAGAGAAAGUCAAAGUCACCCGGGAGAUUUUGUGCUUUCCGUACGGACCGGAGACGACAAGACAGACACCAGCGACGGCAAACCCAAAGUCACACAUGUCAUGAUACGCUGCCAGCAUGAUCUGAAGUAUGAUGUUGGAGGUGGGGAGAAAUUCGACUCGCUCACAGAUCUGGUGGAGCAUUACAAGAAAAACCCAAUGGUGGAAACACUGGGGACAGUCCUGCAGCUCAAACAGCCUCUGAACACAACCCGCAUCAAUGCAGCAGAGAUCGAAAUACGGGUUCGAGAGCUCAGCAAGCUGGCAGAGACCACAGAUAAGGUCAAGCAGGGAUUCUGGGAGGAGUUUGAGACGCUUCAGCAGCAGGAGUGUAAACUGCUGUACAGUCGCAAAGAUGGCCAGCGGCCAGAAAACAAAAACAAGAACAGAUAUAAAAACAUUCUUCCCUUCGACCACACGCGAGUCGUGCUGACCGACGGUGACACGAACGAACCAGGCUUGGACUACAUCAAUGCCAACAUCAUCAUGCCUGAUAUUGAGACUAAGAGCAACAACUCCAAGCUGAAGAGGAGCUACAUCGCCACGCAGGGCUGCCUGCAAAACACAAUCAGUGACUUCUGGAGGAUGGUGUUUCAGGAGAACUCUCGAGUCAUCGUCAUGACCACGAAAGAAGUGGAACGGGGAAAGAGUAAGUGUGUGAAGUAUUGGCCUGACGUGUCUGCGCUGAAGGAGUACGGAGCCAUGCGUGUGCGGAACGUGAAGGAAACAGUGGCGCACGAUUACACCCUGCGAGAGCUGAAGCUGUCAAAAGUUGGACAGGGAAAUACUGAGCGUACAGUGUGGCAGUAUCAUUUCCGUGCCUGGCCUGACCACGGUGUGCCCGGAGACCCUGGAGGCGUGCUGGACUUCCUGGAAGAGGUCAAAAUGAAGCAGGAGAGCAUAACUGGGGCUGGAGCCAUCGUGGUGCACUGCAGUGCUGGGAUUGGACGAACAGGAACUUUUAUCGUGAUUGAUAUUUUAAUAGACAUCAUCAGAGAAAAGGGAGUGGACUGUGAUAUCGACGUGCCCAAGACUAUCCAGAUGGUGCGAUCUCAGCGUUCAGGAAUGGUGCAGACAGAGGCCCAGUAUCGCUUCAUCUACAUGGCUGUGCAGCAUUAUAUUGAGACUCUACAGCGCCGCAUAGAGGAGGAGCAGAAAAGUAAAAUUAAAGGACGCGAGUACACCAACAUCAAAUAUUCUCUCUCUGACCUGACUGGAGGAGAUCAGAGCCCUCUGCCACCGUGCACGCCAACACCAACCUGCGCCGACAUGAGGGAUGACAGCUCUCGAGUUUAUGAGAAUGUGGGUCUCAUGCAACAGCAGAAGAGUCACAGAUGAGACUUUGACUCCAGCACUGUCUAAAUCACAGGUACGACAUCUCACUCUUGGGCACAACACAUCACAGUAUGUUCACUUCCAGAUUCAACUGUUUCUUUAGUAUUUUGACACAUUUACAUUUGUUUUUAGAUAGUUUAGAGGCCUAUUGACAUAAAAGAAUAACUUAUUAACACUUACUGUGUCUUUUUGACUCGGAGACGAAUUGCCUAGUUAAUGUUAGUUUUACUGAGUCUCACUGAGGUUUCCUCACAGUUAACUGUAAACCUUUUUUUACAUUUCUGAGUAGGAACGCUGACUUUUUAGCACAAUACAAGGGUCAAAAUGACGUUAUUCACCCAAAAGUCAUUUCUGCUUGGAUACUAUAGAUUUGAUGUUGCUUGUACAUGAAGACACAAUAGUAACAGCUCUACGUCCAUCUGCAAUGCAGGUUUCCAAACGUUCUCCUUUAAUAAACAGUUUUUGUUGUUGCCAAACGCUCCUGAACACCUAAGAAGUGAUCACGACUAAACAGAGAGAUGACAAAAAAAGACAAAAAAAAAAAAAAAAAACAUUCCAGAGACCGGUCAACACGAGCUCAGAGACAUGUGGAUGGAGUGAAUUUCAUUUCUCCUUCCAGCUACGUAGCCUUUUAACCCCACACUAAGAAACCACUGUGACGAUCAUGAAGCCUUAUACAGAAUAAACCCAAAACAGCUCCUGCAAAA